AGUCUACGAGCUAGAGGGAGUGUACUCCUUCAGGACCUUUUUCACUUAUUUAUAUAUAUAGAUAGAGAUCGGGACUUGUGCUUGGUAAAAUACAUAUUAGGAAUUCGAUUUCAUAAAACUUAUAUAUGAUGGGUGGAGCAAUGAGAAACAUUGGGGUGUUAUCAUUGCUCUGUUUUCAUUUUCUUGGUGUGAUCGGUCUGGUUGGUGCUAGAGGUGUGGUUAGUUUGAAGCAUGGUCGUGAGGAGGAGGAUCAAAAGUUUUUUUUUGGUAAAGGAGGGGGAUUCGGAGGCGGGUUUGGAGGUGGAUCCGGCGUUGGCGGUGGAUUUGGAGGUGGGUUUGGAGGUGGUGGUGGAGUUGGCAGCGGAGUAGGUGGUGGUGGGCAUGGGAUAGGUGGUGGAUUUGGAAAGGGUGGAGGAGUUGGAGGCAAUGGGAAAGGAGGAGUGGGUGGCGGUUUUGGAAAAGGUAGCGGGGUGGGUGGAGGAAUUGGGAAAGGUGGCGGAGUAGGUGGUGGGUUUGGUAAGGGUGGCGGAGUGGGUGGAGGGUUUGGUAAGGGAAGCGGAGUAGGAGGUGGAUUUGGGAAAGGUGGCGGAGUGGGUGGUGGGUUUGGUAAGGGUGGCGGAGAGGGUGGAGGAAUUGGGAAAGGUGGCGGAGUGGGUGGCGGGUUUGGUAAGGGAGGCGGAGUGGGUGGUGGAUUUGGGAAAGGCGGUGGAGUGGGUGGCGGAAUUGGAAAGGGUGGUGGAGUUGGCCAUGGUGUAGGUGGAGGCAUCGGUAAGGGGGGUGGAGUUGGAGGAGGCUUUGGGAAAGGUGGCGGAGUGGGUGGCGGGUUUGGUAAGGGAGGCGGAGUGGGUGGUGGAUUUGGGAAAGGCGGUGGAGUGGGUGGCGGAAUUGGAAAGGGUGGUGGAGUUGGCCAUGGUGUAGGUGGAGGCAUCGGUAAGGGGGGUGGAGUUGGAGGAGGCUUUGGGAAAGGUGGCGGAGUGGGUGGCGGGUUUGGUAAGGGAGGCGGAGUGGGUGGUGGAUUUGGGAAAGGCGGUGGAGUGGGUGGCGGAAUUGGAAAGGGUGGUGGAGUUGGCCAUGGUGUAGGUGGAGGCAUCGGUAAGGGGGGUGGAGUCGGAGGAGGCUUUGGGAAAGGUGGCGGAGUGGGUGGCGGGUUUGGUAAGGGAGGCGGAGUGGGUGGUGGAUUUGGGAAAGGUGGUGGAGUGGGUGGCGGAAUUGGAAAGGGUGGUGGAGUUGGCCAUGGUGUAGGUGGAGGCAUCGGUAAGGGGGGUGGAGUUGGAGGAGGCUUUGGGAAAGGUGGCGGAGUGGGUGGCGGGUUUGGUAAGGGAGGCGGAGUGGGUGGUGGAUUUGGGAAAGGCGGUGGAGUGGGUGGCGGAAUUGGAAAGGGUGGUGGAGUUGGCCAUGGUGUAGGUGGAGGCAUCGGUAAGGGGGGUGGAGUCGGAGGAGGCUUUGGGAAAGGUGGUGGAGUUGGUGGUGGGCAUGGCAAAGGGGGUGGAUUUGGUGGUGGGGUUGGUAAAGGCGGAGGCAUUGGCAAAGGAGGCGAAAUAGGAGGAGGAAUUGGAAAAGGAGGCGGAGCCGGUGGUGGUGCUGGGGGAGGAUUUGGAAAAGGUGGGGGAGUUGGGGGAGGGGCUGGGAAAGGUCAUGGUGGAAUUGGAGGUGGUGUAGGCAAUGGAGUUGGAAAAGGUGGUGGAAUUGGUGGUGGUUUUGGGAAAGGCGGAGGCGUUGGAGCUGGUGUUGGUGGAGGAUUUGGUAAAGGUGGGGGUGUAGGUGGAGGAGCUGGUGGUGGAGUUGGAAGCGGUGUAGGAGGAGGAUUUGGCAUUGGUACUGGUGGAGGCUUCGGAAAAGGCGGUGGACUUGGUGGAGGAUUUGGUAAGGGUGGUGGCAUCGGCGGUGGUAUAGGCAAAGGUGGUGGAAUCGGUGGUGGUGGUGGGUUUGGCAAAGGUGGUGGAAUCGACUUCGGAAAAGGCUGGGGAAUUGGUGGUGGUUUUGGUAAAGGUGGUGGUUUCGGCGGCGGAAUUGGAGGUGGGGGUAUCCUUGGCGGAUUUGGUAAAGGUGGUGGAUUCGGCGGAUUUAUUGGAGGUGGUGUUGGAAAUAAGUUUGGUGGCGGAUUUGGUGGAGUAGGAGGAGGAGGCGGCGGCGGAAUUCCCCCUCGUUAAAUAACCCAUACGGUGCAUGGGAAAUCAUUUAUGUUUGACUACUCAUAACAAGCAAAAUGUUGUAUCAGGCAUGUAGUUUGUACUAUUUCUCCACCAUUUUUAAGGCCUUUUAAAUAUUAGUUUUUUCAAUUAUAUUAAAGUUAACUUAAUAAAUCGCCUUAUCUCCUAAUAACUGUUAACUCUAAAAUAUUAUUUGCCAUUACUUUCACUGGGCUUCAAAUUUGACAUUUUGAAGUUUCAUGUCAAUUCCUAAUUAAUUACCAAGAAUUUCACUUCAUUUUUGGCAUCUUAAUUUGGAGUAUUUCCUGCCGUUCCGUCUUUGUAAUCAAUCCCACCAAAUAGAGGGAGAAAGAGAAAAUGUAAUGAACUAGUACGUGUAAUUUGUGCAUCAUUUAGAGA